AACACACCAAACAAAGGCGAAGCGAACAAGUCGAAGAAUUUAAAUAAGCCGAAAAGAAAAGAAAAUUUGGCGACGCAACGUUAUUUCGAUCAGUUUGUCGCGGGGUCGGUUUGCAAACGGUUGUGCAGGUCUAACUAAUAAAAUUAGAAGAAAUAUUUUUGGAUUGGCUGUGUCUACAUCCAACUGUCAGAGGAUAAUGUAUCAAUUGAAGAACUUAGCACGUCAAGCUGCUGUCCGUCAACAGGAAGUGGCUACUUUGGUCAAGGCUUUGCCCACAGCAUUGCAGAGUCGAGGUUAUGCUGAAUACCAAAUCCCCGAACGCUUGAAGGAUGUGCCCACUGCCAAAGACCCACGUUUCUUCGACAUGGUGGAGUAUUUCUUCCAUCGUGGUUGUCAAAUUGCCGAAAACCGCCUUAUUGAUGACAUGAAAGGAAAACUGUCGCUGGAGGAAAAGAAAAAUAGGGUAAAGGGUAUUUUGAUGCUUAUGCAACCAUGUGAUCAUAUCAUAGAAAUUGCCUUCCCACUGCGUCGCGAUUCUGGUGAAUAUGAGUUAAUUACCGGCUACCGUGCUCAACACAGUACCCAUCGUGUGCCAACCAAGGGCGGUAUUCGUUUCUCUUUGGAUGUUUCACGUGAUGAAGUCAAAGCCUUGUCUGCUCUUAUGACAUUCAAGUGCGCCUGUGUAGAUGUACCAUUCGGUGGCGCCAAGGCCGGUCUCAAGAUUAACCCAAAGGAGUAUUCCGAACAUGAAUUGGAGAAGAUUACCCGCCGUUUCACCCUUGAGUUGGCCAAGAAAGGCUUCAUUGGACCCGGUGUCGAUGUACCAGCUCCCGAUAUGGGUACAGGAGAACGUGAAAUGUCUUGGAUUGCCGACACCUACGCCAAGACCAUUGGACAUUUGGAUAUUAAUGCACACGCUUGUGUAACUGGAAAGCCCAUCAACCAGGGCGGUAUCCAUGGACGUGUUUCUGCGACAGGUCGUGGUGUUUUCCAUGGUCUCGAAAACUUCAUCAAUGAGGCUAACUACAUGAGCAUGAUUGGCACAACUCCCGGUUGGGGCGGCAAGACAUUCAUCGUUCAAGGUUUCGGUAAUGUCGGUUUGCAUACUUGCCGGUAUUUGACACGUGCUGGCGCCACCUGUGUCGGUAUCAUUGAGCACGAUGGCUCCAUCUACAAUUCAGAGGGUAUUGACCCCAAGGAAUUGGAAGACUACAAAAACGAACACGGCACCAUUGUCGGUUUCCCCGGCGCUAAGCCCUACCAAGGUGAAAACUUGAUGUUCGAACCAUGCGACAUCUUUGUGCCAGCUGCUGUUGAGAAGGUCAUCACCAGCGAAAACGCUCACAAAAUCCAGGCUAAGAUCAUUGCCGAGGCCGCCAACGGCCCAACCACUCCAGCUGCCGAUAAAAUUUUGAUCGAACGCAACAUUUUGGUUAUCCCCGAUUUGUAUAUCAACGCUGGUGGUGUGACCGUCUCAUUCUUUGAAUGGCUGAAAAAUUUGAACCACGUUUCAUACGGUCGUCUUACAUUCAAAUAUGAGCGUGAAUCCAAUUAUCAUCUUUUGGCCUCAGUCCAACAAUCCAUUGAAAGAUUUGUUUUAGACGAAUCCGUACAGGAAUCCUUGGAACGCCGCUUCGGUCGUGUCGGUGGCCGUAUUCCGGUUACUCCAUCGGAAGCAUUCCAGAAGCGCAUCUCUGGUGCCUCUGAGAAGGACAUCGUACACUCCGGUCUGGAUUACACCAUGGAGCGUUCGGCGCGUGCCAUCAUGAAGACCGCCAUGAAAUACAACUUGGGUCUUGACUUGAGAACCGCCGCUUAUGUUAAUUCCAUUGAGAAGAUUUUCACCACCUACCGCGACGCCGGUUUGGCUUUCUAAGCGCCAGAUAUUUCAGUCGACGCAUUAGCACUUAAUUAUUAUUAAGCAUGGAGCAAGCAGCAAAACAAAGACGCAUCAUUCAAUUAUCAAAUAAAUAUUACGAAAUAAACAAAUAUUAAACUCACUCACACACACUCCAAAAGCAAAAAAAUUAAAAAUGUAAACGAAAACAUUAGCGUUUGUUAUAACAAUUUGUUCAAUGUGAUUGUAAUUGGCGAAAAUCGAAUCUUCAGUUCAAGUCAUUUCACUGUAUGAAUUAUGAAAUAUUUGUUAAAUGUGUAAAGUAAUGUCAACAUCCUGCCAAUCUUCUUAAGUGUAAAUCAACAUUCGUACGUACAUACAGUAUGUAUGCCUAAAAGUGUAAAAAAGUGGCCUUCCACAAUACAUCUUUGAUGCCACUUUGGGUGCUAAGCGGCGCUAUGUUUGCAAUGUUAGAUGCCGACACUCAAUCAAGGUCACACACAGUUUUUGACGUUUUUCAUGAAGUCUUAAAUGUACUUGCUGUAAUUUAUUUCACCACAAAAAACGACCUAAUGGCGCUGUAUUAAUAAUAUUUCAUGUUAUCUUCUGUUUUUAAAAUAGAUUUGUGUUGAUAUUUAACUUUAAGUUUUAAAAAGUGAAGCAAUGCAUUUUAUUGUAAAUUGACUUAUAAAGAGAAAGAGAAGAGAAUGGAGCAUAUAGAAUUAUGAGCUGUAUAACGAUAACAUUUUAUCUUUAAAAAUAUAUUAAAAACUAAAUAACUAAUAAAAUCUCAAA